UUUCUUAAUUCCUCAAACAAAACCAACUUGACAACCGACAGCGAACAAGAUCAAAAAAGCUCUCUCCUUUGCUCAUCAACCAAAUAUAUACAAAUCCAUUAGUUUCUCAUCUGAAAUCAGAGAUUCCACUUAGAGAGAGAGAGAGAGAGAGAGAGAGAGAGAAGAAAGAAGAAGAAGAAAAAAAGGAGAGAGAGAUCAAGAGAUAAGAGAAAAUUAAAGAGAUGAGAUCACCGGUUCAGCUACAACACGGCUCGGACGCACCGAGCGGCUUCCACACGGUGCAGCCUCACGAUGGUCUAAUCCGACGUGUGUGUCUCACGCGCGGCAUGCAUGUCCCUGAGCACGUGGCGAUGCACCACACGCACGACGUGGGUCCGGAUCAGUGCUGCUCCUCGGUGGUGCAGAUGAUCCACGCGCCUCCCGAGUCCGUGUGGGCCCUCGUGCGCCGUUUCGAUAACCCCAAGGUUUACAAGAACUUCAUCAGGCAGUGCCGUAUCGUCCAAGGCGACGGGCUCCACGUCGGCGAUCUCCGGGAAGUCAUGGUCGUCUCCGGACUCCCUGCGGUCUCGAGCACCGAGAGGCUCGAGAUCUUGGACGAGGAGCGUCACGUGAUUAGCUUUAGCGUCGUUGGUGGGGACCACCGGCUCAAGAACUAUAGAUCGGUGACGACACUGCACGCGUCGGACGAUGAAGGGACCGUCGUGGUGGAGUCUUACAUCGUCGAUGUGCCGCCGGGAAAUACGGAGGAGGAGACUCUUAGCUUCGUCGAUACUAUCGUCCGGUGCAAUCUUCAGUCUCUAGCUAGAAGUACCACCAACCGGCAAUAACCUCCUCUUUUUUUUUUUUUUUUUUUUUCUUCUUUAAACGCAAAUUAUGUAUCUAUUUUCUUCUUUCUUUCUUUCUUUUUUUAUUUUCCGUUUGGUUGUUUCGAUCGAUCAUCACAAGGUAAAAAAUUUCCGAGUACUUUUUUAUUUUCUUAAUUAAAUAGAUAUUUUGGUGUAGAAUUCCAUUGUGAGAUUUAUAUAUGUUGGGAAUAUCGAAAUUGGAGGGUUGGUACAUAAAAACAUUUUGAGGUGAAUCUGU